CUCUCUUUCUCUCCCUCUCAAACUCUUGUAUAUAUCAAAGGAGAAGAUUGAGAGGGGAAGCUAUGGUAGUAGAAGAUGGUCUUCCUCCUCCUGCUCCUAUGUUAGAUUUUUUCCAAAGGAGGAGCAGUAACUACAGCCAUUAAUGGCGUUGAAAAAGGAAAAGGAAAGCACGAAGAAGUAAGAGGCGGUUGCACUCACUCCCGACAUUUGUGCUCUUCUCAUUUAUAAUUCAAAAAAGCAAACAAAUACUCAAAAAAUCACAAAACCCUCCCUAUUCUUUCCAGCUUCUCUCCUCAAUCUUCUCCCACUCAGAGAGAGAGAGAGAGAGAGAGUAGAAACCAUGAACGGUUUUGACUCUCACCAUGACUUCAUGAAGAGGAGGUGGCAAGAAAUGAGACUCACCAGCGGCGCCGCCCAAAAUCAACGUCGGAACUCCACCGGAUUCUUUGCAAGGCUUGACGGUGCAACUACUAAUACUAAUAAUUCCUUCUUGAGGGGUGGUGAAGAUGAUAAUUUAUCAACCGUGAUUCCACCGGUGACUGUUGUGUUAGAAGGCCGUUCAAUCUGCCAGAGGAUCAGCCUUCAUAAGCACACCAGCUACCAGAGUCUCGCGAAGGCCUUGCGUCAGAUGUUUGUUGAUGCUGCCCCCGAUGCCACUGGAGGAGUCUCAUCGGAGAUCCAACUCGAUCUUUCGAAUGCGGUGCCUGGUCACCUCGUCGCCUAUGAAGAUAUGGAAGAUGAUCUCCUCCUUGCCGGUGACCUUAAUUGGAAGGAUUUUGUUCGUGUGGCUAAGAGAAUUCGAAUAAUUCCAGUGAAGGAGAAUUCGAGAAGGGGACGAGGAAGAUCUUAACUGCAUCUUACCUUAAAUACUGUUACUUAUUAAAGGUAUGUGUUAGAAAGGAAAGGAAGGAAGGUAUAUCCAAAACAAAACCCUUUUCAAGGGGAUAUGAGACAUUCUAGGUAUUGAGGAUUAGGAUCAUAUGUAAGUUCCAGUUUUCUGAUAUGGAUAUGAAUAAAAGAGUUCGUUUUGAAGGCCUUGCAAGGCUAAUC